GCCACCGCCGCCCCGUCCAUGCCUGCGGAGAGCCCGAAACCGCCGGGAGCGCCGCGCUCCCCCCGCUGCCGCUCCUGCCCCGGCUGCCGGCAGGAGGACGCCGCCACCGCGCACAGCCCCGCCGCCCACCGCGAUCCCCGCAUGGCGCGACGCGGCCGCUUCCAGCGCCUCUUCGGCCGCAGCGAGUCGGAGGACUCGGAACCCGAGGGGGCGUCCACCCCCGCCCGCCGCCGCCACUCCACCACUGCCGCGCCCAAGCGGCGCCCCGCGUUCCCCCACUGGCGCCCGAAGAGGAAGGAGCAGCACACCCGGGGGAGCGGCGGUGCUGCUCCCGCAUGGACCCCGCCGCCCGCCUCACUCCCCGGCUCCCCGGCCCCGCGGUACUAUGAUUUGUCAGGCAGACGCUAUACUGUUCAAGAAGAUCAAAUGCCGUCAGUAGUCUGUCCACACUCUUUUGUUAUUCCAGCGAUAUCAAUGUCUACUGCCUCAUUACCAGCAGCACUUAGAAAGUCCACCUCACAACUUCCAGAUUCUUCCAGAGAAGAGACUAAAAAGAAGCCAGUUUUGGAAAGACUUGGAAAUUUGUUUGGUACAGGGAGAAGGAAACAUGUCAAAAGUUCCCUAGAACACACUUCGCAUCGAAAAGGGGAGGGGUCAGUUUCUCCUCACAGAGUACAGCCAAUAUAUUGUAGGCACACAAAGGAAGGACACGAAGCUCCUCAAGCACAGAAGCAAGUGGGAGACGUAAGUGCUGUUUCUGAGACGCAGGAAUAUCAUUUUGGUGAGGAAGCAGGACCGCUGUAUCGUGAUACCAUUUCAGAAUGGAGUAGUAGGGGAGUAUCUUCUGACAGCGAGUGGUCAGCAGAUUGGAGCAGCAGCAGUGAAACCAUUAAAAACUCUUUCUUUGAGAGUAGCCUCAAUGUGGAAACCCUGGGACUGGAGAAAGAAUCCACCACCGAUAUAAAUAAUUCUACAACUCCAGAUUUCAUAAAAAGCUUGAGAAAUUUGUCUAGUGAAGACUUAGAGAAGAGUAUCUUAAGCCACAAGCAGCUUGUGAACACGUGGGUGACUGAGGAGCCUGGGCAUGCGAAACCAAGGGAUUUGCCAUACGAGUUGGAAUCUGCAGCGAGUGAGCACACAUAUUCUGCUAGAGUGUUAACAGUUGAUAUCUAUCUUAGAAAAACAGAAGAACUCCUUGAUGAACCUGUGACUGUAACAUCGGAAGAAAAUUGUAGUGACUUUGACACAAUGGAUAAAAAAUCUGCUCAUAAAAGAUCUGGAAAAAGGAGAAAAUCUCAGACGUCUAGUGACAUUACAAAUGGGGAGAGAAACCAAACUGAGAUUACUGCAAGAGAAGAAUCUGGUUUUGAUGAUGAUGUCCCUUCUGAGGUGUUCUCAGACAAGGUAAUAAACUCAGAAAGAAAAACAAAGUCUCCUCAACAGACUCCUGAAAGGAAUUCCUCUUCUCCAGGUAAUAUUCAGGAUCUAAAGAUUGGAUCUGCUCACAAAGGGACAUCUAAAACUGAAGCUGACAAAGGCAAGCAGCAGAUCACAAGCACAGCCACUGCAAGGAGAAGAUCAUACAAAAAGAAUCAGUCAGAUACUGUCCCCAUUUCCCCUACUGGUUUGAAGGGUCAGGUAAAAGAUUAUUCAUCAAAAAGACAACCUUUAGGAUCACCAGAGAGUAACCCAGUGACAAAAAGAACUUUGGAAAAGGGAACUUUAUCAGCGGCUUUUGGAGAAGAUGGCUUGGAGUCUCCCAGAGUUUCUUUGGCUGCUAAGACAGAAGACACUGCCUUGGUGUUUGCUGAAGGCAGAAAUGAGACCAAGGCAGUAAAACAUGGUAGUGGUUUGGAUGGAAGAGCUUUCUUGCAUACCGAUGGGAUUAAAAAUGGAGACCUGUGUAUGUCAGCUGAGAGACAGACAAAUUCUGAUUUAGACAGCUCGAAGCUGAAGAGUUUGGAUGCUUCCAGAACAGUCACGACAAAGAUUAGCCUUCCAGCCAAACCGAAGAAUGUAGAGCUGAAUUUUAAAGCACCUAUGAAUCAAGACAGUUUAGAAAGUGAGCAGGAUGCUCUUGAAAAACCAGUUAAUAAAACUAACAGCAACAUUGCCAACAAAAUUUCCUUGUUUGAGAAUAAAUGUGCUAACCAGAGCCAGAGGCCUGUUGACGUUCCUGCUUCAAAAAAUAGUACUGUACCAAGCACAUUUGUUGGCAGAGCAAAGCUAAAGUUUGGAAAACAACCUAAGGAAAGUGAACAGCCUGAUAAAACGUUAAGUAAGCAAAGCAGUCGCCAGAAGUUGUUUGAGAAUGGCACAACAGAGAAAGAAAACACUGCAGAAUUAAAAGGCAAAAAUGAAGAAGGCUCUGCCUCUUGCGAAGAUAUUGGAAAGACAACAGAGCUUAAAGUAAAAGCUGCAAUAUCCCUUUUUAACCAGAGCAGUAAAACAGAUGCCAGUAGUGUCUCUCUGAAGCAAACUGACCCAGAAUUGACCACAGCUAAAAAAGAAAAUUCAUCAUUUAAAUUGCCUUUGCCCUUGCCCAGUAAAAGUGAAAAUGCUCAAGAUACUUCCUACCAAAGAAACAACACAAGCUCAGAAUUCCAUAGAAAUGAAGAAAAGAUGCUGCCAAAUGCAGAAGUUUUAUCACCUUUAUCACCAUCUCAUCAGGUUUCUAGAUCAGAAUUUAAGAAGAUGGAAAAUGGAGAUAAAAAGACAAAGCCGGGAGAUUUGAGCCUUGUAGAACUGCAGUAUGAUGACAGAAGUCAGGAGAGUAUAGUGAUAUCAGAGAACAACAUUGAUACCCAAAAGAGCCCAGGUGAAACCUGUAAUGGGUCUGCUGAAGAUGAUACCAUUUUUGAUUCCCCAUCUGACAUGAAGAAGUUUGCUGAAACAAUAAAAAACUUAGACAGCUCAGUUUGUUUACCCCAGAAAAAGAAGAGAUCAAAGCUUCCCAAGUCCCCAGCACCCCACUUUGCAAUGCCUCCCAUUCAUGAAGACAACUUAGAGAAAGUAUUUGAUGCCAGUGUAUUUACUUUUGGUUUGGGACUGAGGAGGGAAAAAGCACAGGAUCUGUUACCAGCCCAACAAAUUAAAAUGCAGAGCCUGGAAACAAUAGCCAGAGUCAGGCCCAAGCGUGCAUCAACAGAACAAAGUAUUGUAUUCAAAGCCCUGCAAUCGUGUAAUAGAGAAGAACCUGCCUUUACUCAUGAAAUAAAUGGAAAAGAGAGCACCGAUGGUACAGAUGGUGAAAUUAAGAGAUCCCGGCUUGAAAAAAGCUCCCUCUUCUCAAGCUUGCUGUCUUCUACAUCUAAAGAAAAGUUUCUUAAUACUUCUGUCACCACAGUAAACAACACCGCAGCAGCUUUUGCAACUGACUCCUCAGGGCUCCCUCCUUUACAACAGGAUACUUCUGGGCCAUUCGGCAUGCCUCAAAAGUCUGAGUCUCUUUCAGAUUUGAAGCUUCCAAGCUUUGUGGAGAAGUAUAUGCAAGCAGAUAGUGCAAAAAAAGAACUAAGUUUACAAAUGCCCAACUUUGGGAACCCUGAGAAAAGUUUUUCAAGCUGGUUAGGGACAAGCAGAUAUGAAACAAAUGUCCCCUUCGGUUUAUUAGCCGUGGAUGCACUUUCAAGAAAUGGACAAAGUAAAAUCAAUCCCAGACCUGGUAAGCUGGUGAUAUACUGUGAAUCAGAUUGUAAAUCAGACUAUCAGAAAAAUGGUAUUGAAGUUUUCCAUGAUGUUCUGGAUUGCAGUUCUUGGGUUCUGUCACCAACAAUUUUAGUUAAAGUCAUCAGAGGAUGCUGGAUACUCUAUGAAAAACCAAAUUUUGAAGGCCCCUCUAUUCCACUGGAAGAAGGAGAGCUGGAACUCCCAGAUAUUUGGGGUGUAGGUGCUUCUGAAGAGCCAAAUGAAGGCAAAUCUCUAAAGCCUGCAGUGAUUGGUUCAAUAAAACAUGUUGUUAAGGAUUACAGGGUUUGCCGAAUUGAUUUGUAUACAGAACCUGAAGGGUUAGGAAUCGUGACUUCCUUUUUUGAUGACACUGAAGAAACAGGGGUGUUUGGCACCACUCAGAAGACUUGUUCUAUCAAAGUACACUGGGGCAUAUGGCUAAUUUAUGAAGAACCUGGUUUCCAGGGAGUCCCUUUAAUGUUGGAACCUGGUGAAUACCCUAAUUUAGCAUUCUGGGAGAAGAAGGAAGCCUACAUCAGGUCCAUGAGACCCUUGAAAAUGGGUGGUCGCAAAGUUGAAUUCAGUGGAGAGCCAAAGGUAAUCGUUUAUGAGAAGCCUUUCUUUAAAGGGAGAUAUGUGGAAAUAGAAUCGGAGAUCAUUAUGCUUGAUGACAAGGAAUCAGAAGAGAAGACAAGACUUCAACUUCCAUCAGUGGGAUCUAUGAAAGUACUGGGAGGAGUUUGGGUCGCUUAUGAGAAGCCUGGGUUUGAAGGCCAUCAGUACUUGCUGGAAGAAGGAGCGUAUCGGGAUUGGACAGACUGGGGUGGCUAUGAUGAACAGUUGCAGUCACUGCGACCAAUUGUUGGCGACUUCACAAGCUCCCAUAUGAUAAUGUACAGUGAAAAAGACUUUGGUUCAAAGGGUGCCAAUAUUAAUGUGUUAGGGAUUAUUUCCAAUUUGAAAGACACUGGAUAUGGGCUGAGGACACAGUCUAUAAAUGUGCUAAGUGGCGUGUGGGUGGCUUAUGAGAAUCCUGAGUUCACAGGGGAGCAGUAUAUACUGGCUAAAGGGCUAUAUCCCAGCAUUGAGGCAUGGGGGGGAAAGAAUUGCAAGAUAUCUUCAGUUCAGCCCAUCAUUACAGAUAUUGCUGGAAAUGAAAGAGGUAAAGUCAAGGUCCAGUUAUUUUCAGAGCCUGAAUUCAAGGGUAACUGCCAAAUAUUUGAAAAAGAUACAAGAUGUAUCGAUUCAUUUGCUGUGAAGUCUUCAAAAAUAUUAGAUGGCAGCUGCAUCGUGUAUGACCAGGAAGAAUUCUCUGGUAACCAGUAUGUGUUAGAAGAAGGAAUCUACCCUGAUCUGACGGCAAUGGGUUGUUCACCCCAAGCAGUUAUAAAAUCUUUACAGAUUAUAAAUAUUGAGUUGUCUGAACCAUGCAUAGCUCUUUUUGAAAAGGUGGGGUUCCAAGGAAAGAAAAUCAAAUUCAGUACAGAAAUCUUAAAUUUCCAGUUCCUGGGAUACAACCCUCGAGUAGCUUCAGUUCAAGUCCUUGGUGGCACAUGGGUAAUUUAUGAGCACAGUAAUUACAGGGGGCGUCAGAUGUUGUUAUCACCAAAAGAAAUUCCAGAUUGGUAUAAAGUGAGUGGCUUUUGUCAGAUAGGUUCUCUGAGACCUUUACUGCAGAAACGUGUGUACUUCAGGCUUCGAAACAAAGAAACAGGAAAAUUCAUGUCAGCUGAUGGAAAUUUAGACAAUCUGAAUCUUCUCAGAAUACAGGUUGCAGAAGAUACAGGCUCAGAUGAUCAAAUAUGGGUUUAUCAGGAUGGAUUCAUAAGGUGCCGGAUGGCAGAGGACUGCUGCUUGACAAUUGUUGGAAAUCUUAUAACUCCUGGCUCUAAACUUGGUCUGUCAUUUGAGCGGAAUGAAGACAAACAAUAUUGGCAUAUUAAUCCUGAUGGCAGGAUUUAUAGCAAGAUGAAACCCAGACUGGUUUUAGAUAUCAAAGGAGGUACACAGUAUGACCAUGACCAUGUUGUUGUCAACACAGUCAAUGAAGAAAAGUUAACGCAAUGUUGGGAACCACUGGUUGUAUAAACUCAAACAAGCAAAGAUGACAUUUGAAUUGGCUGCUGUUCCAGACACUCGAAUUGGCACUGCCAUCUCUGAAGGAUAUGGGAUCAACAACAAGAGUUUUGUCUUCCCAGUUUUAAAAAGAACAAGCAACAGAAUGGUUUCACCUCUCUAAGAUUAUUAUCCCUAGAAAACCUGGAGUAUUUCUCAACCCUUUAUUUUUUUUUUCCCAGUGAGUAGGAGAGAAUGGUAGUAUGCCUUGGGCUAGAGUGGAAGAACUAAAGGUGGGGGAAACUCCCUGGAGUGACAGUUACGUCAGUGAGUAGUUAAUCCAGAAUAGUCAAUAAGCAUAACUUUAAAUUAUUUUUCAAGCUAAGAGAAGGGCUAUAAAAUAAUUAAAGCUUAUUUUAUAAAGGGCAGGAGUGCAGUGUGUAUAUGGGUAUAGCAACUUGGACCUAUGGGCUGUAGUAUAGCAAAAUAUUCACUACUAGAAAUUAAUAUAUUUGUUUCACUGGAACAAACAUUUACUGGAAGUUUGAAGACUGCUAGGGAACAGCACAUCUAAAGAAUUUUUAACAUGUGGCUUCACAUAUAGUUAGAAUGCUAAUAUAGUAAGUCCAAAAUUACAGAAAAAAACCCAACCAACUGUAGAUUUUCUCAUGUAGAGAUGAUAUAAAUUAGUAGAUGUUUGUUAGAAAAAGAAAGGGCUGGCUAAAAGGAUGCAUCAGAAUGUGAAGAACUUGCCCAUUUUCUUGGCUGCCUAACCUUUUGAGUUACAGGUAUUUUACUUCUUUGCUAAGUCAGAUUUUUACCUUUUAAAACAGUUCCAAUAAGUAUAAUCUCCCUAAACUCCAAAAUCAUAUUGAAAACAAGAAUUCAUAAGGAAAGUACCACUAAAGGUGACUGCAACGGCACCUAAGCACUGUAAUCACCCAGUUUUUCAGCCACUGCCUUCUGGGCUUACUGUAGAGAAAGCUGGACUCCCCAGUAUUUCUGGUCAUGCUGGGGAACAAGAUCCGUGGUGGGCUGCUGGCUCCCAGUUGCUGCUAAGCAGAUGUGUCAGAUUGCCCUAGUAAGGGGCAUAGCCAAGCCUGGAUACAUGCCCAGUCACAAGGGCUGUGCCUGUUCAGAGUAAGCAUUACUGGUUUGGUAAAGAUCUUGUGACAAGUAAGACUGAUGACUUCAGAAGGUUCCUCUGUUGCCCUGCUCUUAAUCUGGUUUUCUUUGUUUUUCUUAAUAAUGCUGGCAAAAAGGUAAAAUACAAAGUCUUGUACUAUGCUGCUGUGUUUUUGUUCUGGCUUAGACCAGUGUUAUUACAAGCUGCUCCCAGGAGCAUCCAGGCCUUUGUCUUGCAUUGUAAGUCUGUUUAAAAUCAACGUUUUCAUUACUGUUGUAUUGCCUCAAAGGAUACUGGUGCUUUUAUUGUUACCACUCUAGAGGAAGUGCCUUACUAAUUUUCCUCCUCUUGUACAGAUGUACUGAAGUUUUGUUGCUCUGAAAUGUGCUGCUUUUAGUUCUUCAUAGAAAAUGUGUUGUUAUUGGUUCCAAACAGUGGUACUUUGUCAUAUUGCUGAGCUCUUGCUAUAUAUAAUAUAGCAUUUUACAAAUAAAUUUAGUUAGGUAACUUUUAAUUGAAAUUAUUUUUAAAGGUAGAAAGCUGACAUUUUAUGGUUAGUUUUGCUUCUGUCUUAUAUCCUUCUUUGUCCAUAAUUCAUCUGUGACCCCAAAUGAGGAGUGAAUAUAUGGUGUGGAAUGGCUGCAGGCUCUGAGGAAUAGACGCUUCCCUUGUAAAAGUGUGUGUUCAGUGCAUUUGUACAUGGACCCACAGUUCUCAUGGCUGCUGCUGCUUUCCCCUGGUGGAAGCACUUCAUGACGUGUUUUUUCCACCACCAUAGCUGCACCACAGUAUAUGUGCAGCUCUAAUUAAGAGGUUACCACUUUCCUUUGAUCUGCCUGCAUUAAUUGCAGAGCAAGUCACUCUGUAGCCCAUCUCUGCAAAAUGGUAAGUUUAAAAACAGAGCAGCAGACAUACACCCUCAAGCACUUCACCCCCAGCAGCAGGGACAGGGGACAUGGCAGAAACAGGGUCUCCUGAUUACUGACAAAAGCAUGUCUAGCCUACCUGCAUAAACACUGUAGUCAGCUGACUCUGUGCCAGAAGAUAGGCAAUUAGAACAAUAAUCAUGCUUCUACUCAGAUUAGUUUUGCCAUGAGAAAUUUGCCAUAUCAAGAUUAAAGUGCCAGGCUUGAGGUAGCAGUGUGACCACUUACUACAGGGAAAGUUUACAGGUUCUGAGAAUGAACUAGACUGAAUAAUAAUACGUAUUAAUAAAGGUGAACAGAACUAGGAAAGGCCGGGGCAAAAAGGACAGCACAAGUUUCAUUUGGACAGUUACAUACAAGAAUAAGUAUGCCUCACAAUUCUGGGACUUAGCUAAAACAUCUGGAAAAUAAAAGCUCCAUGAUCCACCAACUAAAAA